AUGGAAAUCAAUUUCGAGAAUGAAUUUAUCGAGGCUGGAAAAAGUUGCCUCCCGCAACGAAAGAGGCAACAUUUCUACGAGAAAAUGAAGAGGGCUGCAGUUUCGGUACAUGUUGUUAAGGCCGAUCGUAUACGGGAUGGUAACAAAUUUGAGAAGCUCGAAGAUGCAGAUAUGGGUUCCGGGUUCAUAAUCACUAAGGAUGGUCAUAUCAUGACCUGUUCUCAUCUUGUUCAGGGUGUUAUCAAGGAUGGACGAUUAUUAUUUAUUGCCAAUGCGGAAGAACCAGAUGUGCUUAGGGAAGCUACGGUGUUGUACGAUGAACCAGGUUCAGAUGUAGCCGUACUGCAACUCAAAAAAGUGGAUCGAGAAUUCGAUUUUUGCAUGUUUGGAAGGAAAGAGAACAUAAGCAUGGGAAUGGAAGUUUUUUCCAUCUCAAACCCGCUUGGUCUUGAAUUUAGCUUCUUGAUGGGACAAGUGUCGUUAUCUAGUUUGGCUGCUGGAGACAUACAAAUUCAAGCUGCAAAAUUCGAUGACGACCUGCACCUGAUUCAGCUUAAUAAUGUAAACAUUCUUUCGGGCGCAUCUGGUGGACCUUUAUUUGAUGGAAAGGGAAGGGUCAUCGGGAUGUGUUCUUUUGGCAUAGGUGACACUGGCUAUGCUGUCCACAUAGACCUCAAGCCAGAUGACAAUGCAAUGCAAGAGAAUUUUACAAGAAGACGAUAUUUUGUUGGCAAGCUGUGGGACUUUUGCAUGGAUCCUUAUGUUUUAUCUAUGGUUGCAUCUAUAUCAUGA